AUGCUGCAGCCUACUUACUUCAUGGAAAUCAAUCCUGUAGAGGAGGUUAUGCAGCAGAAGGCGCCUGUGGUGCCUAGUAACGUGAAACUACAUAAUCAACCAAGCAGUUCUCUUUCUCCUGACGCGAGGAGCAAGAGAUUCUCGGCGAAUUUUUUCAAAGCAACUUUUAGCUCACGAAGCAAGGCGGUCCAACCCGCCACUUCAACGCAGUCGAUAGACGAAACUAGCAAGAUAGGUAGCGCGGAGACCAAGCCUAUUACUAGAAAUAGGCCUAGGACAGCAACAACGCAAGAGUCUUCAUCUAAAUUAAAAUUAAAACGAAGCCUUGGCGUGGAACGCCUGUCCUCCGCGAAGCCUUCCAUCAAACGACUGGACAAACCCUUAGAGCCCGAACGACCCUUGAGGAACAAACCGACAACACCGGACCCCGGUGGGCCGAAGCCGACAAGAGAUGCAAACAAAAGUGAACCUAAAGUCAGGAAUGUCGUUUUGCAAAUCGUGAAAAAGUCCCACGCACCUCUGAAACCGCCUUCGCCGCCAGUUGAUACCGUUUUGCCACCGACGCUGAAGCCGAAGGUUCCAGAAAAGAGUUUGAAGAUAACGAAGAACAUUAACAACAAUGAUGUUUGGACUAGUGCCGAUGAAAAAAGAAGCUUCCGAAAGAGAAUCACUUCAUUACCCAUAAGAGGACCUAGUCAGGGGAAACAGGAGGCCACGCUGAAAGGAGCUCCUUCAGUGUCCAGCCUCGAUUCCAAGCACCACAAAGUAGCGCCAGCAAGAGACAAAGCAUUAAAGCUCUUCGGCUCGAAGGAGAAACUGCACAAGGCACACAAAAAGAAGGAUCUCGGGAAUAAUAAUGCGGUUCUAGAGGACCCCGAGCUUAGAGAGAGCUUGGAAUACGAAGAUGGACAGGUCGGAAGGGAUUACGGAAGCGCCGAGGAGCUGGGUGGAUCGGUAGACGAACGAGGCUCCCAGGAGUACGUUAGCCUGCCGGUCACUUUAAAUGCUGACCACAUGCCGGGCUUUCCGGACGUGGAGCUCAUGCCUGCAGCUCCAUCAGAGGCAUCAUUAAUAUCAGGAGCCCGUGAGAUAGAGACACUGAGGAGGGAACUGGAAAUAAGCGCAAUGGAACGAGCACAGCUACAAGCGAGGGUCGACGAACUCCUCGAGAAGGCCACCGAGGCUGAUAGGCUGAGAGCUGAACUGGAUAAAUUGAAGAGCGUGGAAGCGGAACGCGAGGCGGCGCUAGAGCGUCUCGCCGACGAGAAUGGGGCGUUGCGCGCGCGGCUGCGAGGUGUCGCGCACUCGCCGCUCUCCGACAGCGAGAAGCGGCAGCUGCUGCUCGCGCCAGCACCCCGCCGCAUGCACUCCUCGGCGCCGGCCUCCAUAGCGCUCGCCCACAAUGGCGAAGGCGACAGCGGAGAGGCGAGCACCCCGGAGUGGGACAAGCACUCGUCCUCCUCGCUCAGCGAGGUGUCGGUCGCGUGUCUGCAGGACCGCAUCCUGCAGAUGGAGGAACACCACUAUAGCACAAGCGAAGAGCUCCAAGCGACGUUGGCGGAACUUGCAGACCUGCAGUCGCAACUGGCCGACGCUCACGCGGACAACGAGCGUCUGGCUGACGAGAAGCAGGUCCUGCUGGAGUCCCUCUGUCGGCAGACUGAGAAACUCGAGGACAGCAGGACGAAGGUGGACACACUACAAGAGCUAUUAUUGCGUGAGGGCAUUGAACCCGUGAACCUGGUCCCCGGGGACACGGAUCAACAGCUGUUCGCCAUGUUGAAGAUGUCGCAGGAGGAAAGAAAGCAUCUGUUAAGUAAACAGGAACAGCUGGAAGAGGAGUUGAGUCAACUGAAAACGAGUUUAGAAGAGAAAACCAAAGAAAAUGAAGCUCUCAGUGAGAGAAUUAGGUCGCUGGAGAGCUCGCUGGAGUGCUCGCGCGCCGAGAGCGAGCUGGAGGCGCAGGCGGCGCGGGACCUGGCCGCCGCCCGCCAGCACCAGGUCGCCACGCUCUCCGACCUGCUCGACGCCGCUAAAGCCAAGUUGUCGGAGGGCGCGGGCGCGGCGGCGGGCGCGGCGGAGGCGGAGGCGGCGGCGGCGGCGGCGCGGCGGGACGCGGAGGCGCACGCGCAGCGCGCACACGCCCUCGCCGAGCGCCUCGCGCACGCGCACCGCCAGCUCGACCGCGCGCACUCCGACGCGCGCAAGCUGCACGACGACGCGCUCGUGUCUCGCAACAACGCGAAGUCGACGAUCUCCGAGCUGGAGUUCCAGGUCGAGCAGCUGCGGCAGGAGAAGUCCGCCAUGCAGGGCGAGAUCAACACCCUGCAGGAGAACAUUUCCGAGAUGCAGAUACAGGUCCAAGUGGCUACUGACGAGAAGCUGACGCUGAUGAGUCGGGCCGGAGAGGCUAUCGCCAGAGCCACGGACUUUGAGAGGCAGCUCCAAGAGGCAAGGGCCAGGAAUGCUCAGCUCACGAGGGACAGAGAAAGAGACGAAGCCGAAUGGAAGCAAUUUCAAAGUGAUCUACUGAUGACUGUGCGAGUCGCGAACGAUUUUAAAACGGAGGCCCAGCGUGAGUUGGAGCGACUCGUCUCCGAGAAUAAAAUCGCGCGCGACCGCAUCAGGCUGUUAGAAGAUCAGAUACACUCGCUCAAAGGUAUUGACAGGUCAGAAUCAAUGGAUAGCGUAAUUAAUUGCUCUGAAGACGAGAGAUUGUUAUCGAAAGACACGGAUUUGUGUGAUUCACAAAGCGAUUGUUCGUCUAAAGACGUUUUUAAGAACAUCACGACCAGAUAUUUGUCUAGAGUUCAUAGCGUCUCCGAUCCUCCGCCGCGUGAUUCGAGUAUCGUAGAUCAAGCUUUCCGCAAACCGAAUAACUCGGAUUGUAAUAUCGAUGUGACGAAUGGAUUGAAAAUUGAAAUCAAUAACGUGACGACCGACGAAAGCAAUGAUGACGAACAUAUAACAAGUGUUGUUUCCGAUGCCGAAGAAGCUGGAGAUGAGGUCGUUUCACCUCUAUUUCACAACAAAGAGCUGAAGCGACAGGAGGCUGUUGACCUUUUCAGCGAAAAGCUUAACAGACAAGACGCUUUUGAUAGUGAUGAUUUGGUAACAAUGAACGAUACGGAAGCGGUAGUUGAAAAUUUUACUGCGAACGUAAAAUCAGUUUCGCAGUCCGAAUCUGGUAACGUAAUAGAACGUAGAAACAAAACGGUGUUCGGCACAGAAAUUUCGGGUUUACUGAAUGGGAAACCAAAGGCUUUAAGUAUGGAUAGUUUGAAUCCUAACACCGAAUUCAAAGAGGUGUUAAAAGAAGCCACCAGUAUAGAGCUAUUUCAUUGUGGCCCUAACGAAAGCGACCUGUCUAUAUUUACAGAAGGGUCCGACUGCGUUUUUUUAUCGCCCAUCGAAAAAAAUAACAACGAUUCUACAAAAAAUUGUAAUUUUAUUAAAGAACAAACGGAAACGCAGUCUCUGUCUCCAUAUAGCGAUCUCGUGGAUUACGCCAAAGACAUACCAGUUGUUAAGGCAGAGUCUAUUCUGCCUUUUCCUUAUCCAAAUGACAUAAGAAUGGAACCGACCGUUGAUAUUUUAAAACCAUUGCCCCAAACCAAAGAGCAAGGCCUACGAGUGUGCACAGACGAUAAAAUCGAAAGGGAUUUGAGAAAAGUAAACGAAGAAUUAAAAUUGACAUUCAAGGCGGCCAUAGAACGAAUAAUUGGAAAUAACAGAACGAAAAGAUCAUGUCGGAUAAAAUCGAACAGUUCAGAUACGUGUUCGGUGAUUGAUGUUGCGCAAUACAAUGAUUAUAUUGACGGCAAUAUUGCUAAGGAGGUUUUAUCUAGUCUUCAAUCAAAGUCAGUUGAUAACGAAAUCAAAGAUUGUGAACAGAAUGUAAAUGAAAAUGAAAAGAAAAACUUUGAUGAAUCCACUCACUUCCCAUUCAGCUCUGUAACUGAAGGGACGAUACCUUUAGUAAAUAUAAUAAAUACGAACGACACUGAUAAUGAAGUGAAACAAGACAAGUCGGAUGAUAGUGGCGUUAGUUAUCAUUUAAAAAUAAACACUAGAGAUCCAUUUCGUGGUCAAGCACCGAAAAUCGUUGCAGUGCACAACGCUGUCGAGCCUGUACAACGACCGGCAAGAAAGCUAAAGACUUUUGUGUCGCCGAUCAAAAUACUCAACGGAAAUAUUGAUCCAACAUCGCCCAUUAUUAUAAGUCCCGUUUUAAUACAACCGAUACUGUUAAAACCCAAUAACGCGACGCAGAAAUGUAUUGCGCAUCAUGAUAUUAAGCAAGAUAAGAAAACGGUUUAUUACGAUGAUACCGAUCAAGUUCUGAAAAAAGAAGCAAACCCUAGCGAAGUCAAAACAACCGAAGCGAAUGUAAAGAAGAAAGGCAUUUAUCAGAAAAAUACGAAGACCAAGCAAUUGCCAUUCUUGUCUUGGAAACAUUUGGGUUCCAAUGACGACAUAUCGAAAGAAGACCCGAAAUCACCAAUCAAAAGUAGUUUGAAAUCUUCAGAAAUGUCGAAAAACGAUGUAGGGAAAUUAACCAAAACACCGGAAUGGUUGGUCGACAAUCAGUACUACCAGCCUGUCGAAAAUAUUCCUUUCGUUAUAAACACAAAUCUAAGCUCUAGUAAACCAGUUCAAGAGGAAGUCAACAUCAAAGAAGAUGUUAAGCAUAUGAAUACAUUCUUGCCGCAUUCAAGGCGGGAAUCUGAAGAGAAUUAUUAUGAAGAGAUCGGUCCAGUUCUACCUACUUACUUGGAUAAAAACGUAGCGGACGAUGAUAAGUUAACGAGCAGAAAUCUUGACGAUUUCGCUUUCAUUACCAGAGAGGAAAUCCUGAAAGUUCCUAGGAAACCGAAGAAGCCAAAGAAAGAUGAAAGACAAUCAAAACUAAGUUCUGAUGGAAACUUAACGAGCAUAGUAAAAGAAUUGUCUGGUGUUACUAAAUCCGUCAUAACGUUAUCUCGGUCUCCGAGUGCGAACUCCAACAAGAAACCUAGUGGCUCCAUCGGGGAGAUAGUACAGAGCUUAGAGAGGAAACCUCUGGAAGCUCGGAAGCCGGACGUGCCGCUGCGAAAGUUUUCCUUAGAACAAAAAUCUACAAGAACUGAUAGCGGGUCGUUGAACCGCGAUAAACCGUAUUGGAAGACGCUGGAGCACAAACGACUCUCGCACCCCAUAAGGUCAUUGAACGACCCCCUCCCGCCCAGACCGCUACCGAUGCCGCCUAGGACGGAAGAGCCGCCGCCUCCCCCGCCCCUGCUGAGCAGCGCCUCCCUCCAGGACAUUAUGGCGACGGCCGCUUCACAUCGGCGGAAUAAAGGGGUGAGCCGUCAAGAUUCGAGGUUAUCCGUGAAAUCCCUCAUCGAGAGCAUCGAGAACGCUGCGAAGGCGGCCAAGCAACAGUCUCCAGCGUCGACCCCCGUCAACGAAUGGCCGCAGGUGCAGACUGCGGCCAACGUCACGCCAUCUAGCGGCGGGAUCAAGAACGGCGUCAGUGAGCCCGCCACCGCGGCCGGGGCCGGACUGGCGGCCGCCAAGCCGCCGGCGACCCGCGCCGCGCGCCCCCCACCCGCCGCCGCCGAGCCGGCUGCCAACAUACCGGACGAGCAGCGCGCCCUCGCCUCGCUGCAGCAGAAGGCCAUGGAGUCGUUUGUCAGACGGAACAGCUAUGGGGACAUAUGUGAAAGGAAAGAUCCAUUGAACGCUUUACAAGUGAAGAAUGGCGGUUCGAAACGCAAUGCCCUACUGAAGUGGUGUCAACAGAAGACGUUCGGAUACAACAAUAUCGAUAUCACGAAUUUCAGCUCGUCGUGGAACGAUGGCCUGGCGUUGUGCGCGCUGCUGCACUCGUACCUGGGCGAGGGCCGCGUGCCGUACUCCACGCUGUCGCCGCACGACAAGAGGACCAACUUCUCAGUGGCCUUCGCGGCCGCGGAGUCCGUGGGCAUCCCGACCACGCUGAAUAUUCAGGACAUGAUCCACCAGGAGCGUCCCGAUUGGCAGCAGGUCAUGGCGUACGUCACCAGUAUUUAUAAACAUUUCGAGACUUAAAACGUUUUUCAUUCAAAUACGUGUGGAUAAUGUUGGGAUGCAUUGAUCACGCUCUCAAUCGAUGCGUUUAUACGCUUUCGCAUAGAACAGUUGAUGUUUCGACGUCACACUGGACGGUGUUAUACGUUAACGGACCAAGAAUAUUAAA